GAGCCACUUUGUCCCCCAGAAACCACGCCAGAUCGGCAGCCCCGAUGACACCGCUCAGCGGUCCGGGACUUGUCACUUGAGUUAACCUGGCCCUGAGUCUCAGCCGUGUGGUUGGUUUUCUUAGGAAGGUCUAAGGUCCUGGAUGUUGCAACAGCUGGUGCCGUGCCUGGUCUGCAGAAUCUGUGCGGUAUCCGUGUGCGGCUGGGAAACAAGCAGGCUUUAUUUUGGCGUUGUGUGUCGAUGCUGGCGGGAUCCUCCCUAUCUCGAAGUCUUCGCUGCUUCAACAGAAUUGUGUGCUAGAGUGAAGCAGAAAUCUAGGCGGAUGAGCUCCUGUGUAUCCAUGAGUGAACCAAAGCUGAACUGGGAUAUUUCCCCAAAAACCGGCCUGAAAACGUUUUUCUCUCGAGAAAACUAUAAAGAACAUUCCAUGGCUCCAAGUUUAAAAGAACUAUGUGUUUUAUCUAACAGCCAUAUAGGGGGAAAUUUGAAUGCCUCAGCAAGUUCUAUAGAAAAUGAGCCGGCAGUUAGUUCAGCAGCUCAAGCAAAGGAAAAUGUUAAAACCAGAGUUGGAAUGGUUCUUCUUCCAAAACCAAGAGUGCCUUAUCCUCGUUUCUCUCGUUUCUCACAGAGAGAGCAGAGGCGGUAUGUGGACUUGUUGGUUAAGUACGCAAAGAUUCCUGCAAAUUCCAAAGCUGUUGCAAUAAAUAAAAAUGAGUACCUACAGUACUUGGAUAUGAAAAAACAUGUAAAUGAAGAAGUUGCCGAAUUCCUAAAAUUUUUACAAAAUUCUGCAAAGAAAUGUGCACAAGAUUAUAAUAUGCUGUCUUACGAUGCUCAUCUUCUCACAGAGAAAAUUUUAAGAGCUUGCGUUGAACAAGUAAAGAAGUAUCCAGAACUUUAUACGCUCCAUGAAGUCACCAGCUUAAUGGGGUUCCUCCCGUGCAGAAUAGAGACAGGAUUAAAACUAGAGAAAACCCUUCUUGCUCUGGGCAAUGUAAAGUUUGUGAAGACAGUGUUCCCCUCGAUGCCGGUGGUCGUGAAGCUCUCAAAAAGUAGUGUGCCUCCCGUCGAAAGCCCAGAGCAAAUAGCUGAAGCUAUGCACUACGAUAUCAGUAAAGAUCCAAACGCAGAGAAGCUUGUUUCAAGAUAUCAUCCUCAGAUAGCUCUGACAAGCCAGUCGUUAUUCACCUUGUUAAACAAUCAUGGACCAAGCUACAAGGAGCAGUGGGAAAUUCCAGUCUGCGUUCAAGUUAUACCUGUGGCAGGUUCCAAACCAUUUAAAGUAAUUUAUAUUAAUUCCCCACUUCCUCAGAAGAAAAUGACAGUGAGAUACAGAAAUCAGAUCUUCCAUGAGAUCCCAUUAAAAUGUAUGAUGUCCAAGAACACAUCUGUUCCGGUUUCCGCAGUGUUUAUGGACAGACCGGAGGAGUACACGUCGGAGAUGGACACAUCCAUUGAAGUUAAUGAGUACCGAAAAAUUGAGACUCUAGAAAAUUUGGAUCUGGAUUUUGAUGAUGAUGUCACAGAGCUUGAAACCUUUGGAGUAACCGCUACCGAACCACCCACAUCACCUGGUCCAGCAAGUACUUGCUCGGUACCCGUCGUGACAGAUACACUCCCAGCCCCCAAAGCAGCUGCUGCCCCUGUGGCACCAACUAUAGCAGAAACCUCUGCGAGUUCUAGAAGUUUGUCUCGGAUUCUGAUGGAGCAGUUGCAGAAGGAGAAACAGUUGGUCAUCAGUAUGGAAAGUGGCCUCGAAGAGUGCGGAAAUAAGGAUGACCAGGGACUCGGACCGUGUGGCGAAAAGGUGUCCAGUUCCAGCAAGUCUGUGAUGCCAGACAGUGACCUGAAGACGUCUGAUGCCUUCCCGUGGGAAAGGUCUAAGGAACUUCAAAGCUCUGAGGAAAAUGAUAUGGCUUCAGAUGUGGAAUGUGCCGAUGACGAAAGACUGUGUAUCGUAGAGGACAGAGACAACUCGAAGGAAAAGCCUGCUUCGUCAGAAACAGCUGGAACUGAAGAAGUCAUUCCUUGCAGCGGUGAUACGGACGAGGACUGUUUAAUCAUUGACAUAGAGUGUAAAAAUAAUAGUGAGGAAAAAGCAGCUGUUCUGGGUUCUAAUUUGAGUUCCACACCAGCAAGUCCAAAUUCUUCCUCAGGAAAGGGUUCUGUAGGAAACCAGACUACUACUCAUAAUCCGGAAGAGCUGUGUGUUUUAAAAAAACCAAUCAAACGAGUAUAUACAAAAUUUGAUCCAGUUGGACAAAUUUUAAAAAUGCAGACGGAACUCUUAAAGCCGAUUUGCAGAAAAGAACCUGAAUUGCUCUUAAUGAAUUUGGAAAAUGCUAAACAGCCACCUGUUUCCGAGCAGUCUUCUGCUCCUUUGCACACCACGAGCUGGCCAAAGUCUGGGUGGCCGUCUGCAUUUCAGAAGCCAAAAGGACGCUUGCCAUACGAACUUCAGGACUAUGUUGAAGAUACAUCAGAAUAUCUAGCUCCGAAAGAGGGGAAUUUUGUUUAUAAGUUGUUCAGCCUGCAAGAGCUGCUGCUACUCGUGCGUUGCAGUGUCCAGAGGAUCGAGACAAGACCACGUUCUAAGAAACGGAAGAAAAUCCGAAGACAAUUUCCGGUUUAUGUACUACCAAAAGUGGAGUAUCAAGCUUGUUACGGAGUUGAAGCUUUGACUGACAGUGAACUUUGUCGCUUGUGGACUGAAAGUUUAUUGCAUUCUAACUGCUCAUUUUAUGUUGGACAUAUUGAUGCAUUUACUUCAAAGCUUUUCCUGCUAGAAGAAAUGACGUCUGAAGAAUUAAAAGAAAAGCUUUCAGCACCCAAGAUUUCAAGUUUAUUUGGCAUCCUCCAACACAUUCUGAAAAAAUUAAGUAGGAGAAGAUUCUUCCCUCCUGAUCUACAAGACCUCAGAUGGAAAAGUUACGAGGACAGCAUACAAUCUGCACAAAGCACACUGCGACCUUCCCGGCGUGCCCUCCAGUCUCUCAGUGCCCUGGGUCCCCUUAGACCCCAGCCUCCUGCUACCCUAUCAUGUCCAACAUGGACGGAUACCUUGUACUUUCCCACCGAAAUCAGUGAGUCCUACACUGUCACAAAAGAGGGCGCCGGAGGGGCCGUGACGCGGAGCCCGGAAGCCGGCGGACGGGAACGAGCGGGCGGGGCAGCGUGCUCCCGGGCCGGCGGAGCCCGGCGUGCUCGGGCGGCUGCGGGAGAGUGGUUUGUUUCUAAAGGAGUAUUUAUCGUGAUGUAUUAUGUCGGUAAUUUGAGUUGUAUCAUGUUCUGUUGUGAGCAGAUCAAAAGGUUAAGUAUUGCCACUGCCAGGAGUAAUGGCGAGUGCUGUAACCCUGUCCCUGACCCAGGAUGAAUUUUUUUAUACCACUUCAAAGUGGUGGUGAUUGCACGUUAAUAAAGGUAACACCCUGAAAA